AGUUCUCUCCAUUUUGGCAUUGGAGAGAUUGGAACACCCCCCCAAAACAAGCCCCAAUUAUGGCUCUGAAUCUUUGUAUCUCACCUAACUGUAAAUGGGUUUCAUCUCCUGCUUCCUUAGAUAGUGCAUCUUCUUUGAGAUCUUCACUUGGUUCUUGUUUUGGUAACAUAAACAUUGCUAGUGUGAGUUUAAGCACUAGUAGAAGUUUGAGUUUGAGGAGGAGUGGGAGUGUUAGUGUAAGAUCUAGUUUGGAAACUGCGGGGCCCACAGUUACAGUGGGACAGGUCACUGAGGUUAACAAGGAUACCUUCUGGCCGAUCGUUAAGGCUGCCGGGGAUAAAACCGUUGUCCUUGACAUGUACACACAAUGGUGUGGCCCUUGCAAAGUGAUGGCUCCAAAGUUUCAAGAAUUAUCUGAAAAGUAUCUGGAUGUUGUCUUUCUAAAGCUUGAUUGCAACCAAGAGAACAGGCCCUUGGCAAAAGAGCUGGGAAUUAAAGCGGUUCCCACUUUUAAAAUUCUGAAGGACAACAAGGUUGUAAAAGAAGUUACUGGAGCUAAAUACGAUGAUUUGGUUGAUGCCAUUGACAAAGUUCGAUCUAGCUAAAAAUAUAUAUGACUAUUCUCUUUCUAUGUAAAAAUAAUAUGCUUGACUCCCUCUGUAAGUAUUUUAUGCAAUUGUAAGCUGAUGAAUGAUGAUGAUUGGAAGAUGAAGAAAUGUCAUCAUGUGAUUGUUGCAAGCCGUAGUUGUUUAUUCCCUAUUCCCUAAGUCCAGGGAAGGGUUCCUCAAUUAUUUAAGUCAUCAACUUGAUCGUGGCCUGGCUGAUAUUUUUAAAAAUAAAAUAGAAAUGGCUGUGAUAAAUGUGGAUAUCGAAUCAGAGAUGUCAAGGUAUAUCUAAUCCAGAGGUAUUUUAGUAA